AUGAAUGAUUUAUUUGGCGAUGAUUUGUAUUUUUCAGGCAGCGCUGCUUCCAUCUCUACUUCAACGGCUGCCACGAUAUCAUCUCCACUUUUUGACAUGAACGUCGAGUUGGAGAAGAUAGCCACUACCUGCCUCACUAUUCGAGAACACGAGAUGCUAUCGGGUGACAUACUUAGAAACAGAAUGGCCAGAACUCUGAAUGGUAUUUUGGUGCUCGAAGCGCAGGAGGUUAUUGGCCUGGCAGAAAUGCGAGACGUACUUGGCUUUGCACCUCCCGGACCUUGGACCAAUUAUAGGAAGCCGAGCAAAGAUGAGAUUGAAGCUGCCUCCACCAUCGAGGAGUACUACACACUGAGAGAGCCACUAACCCAAAUUAUCAGCCUCGACAGCGAAUUCUAUCUCGAAAAAAACGUUUCUACAGCAGUAGCGUUCCUGAACAAACGAAUUCCAGCCAUUCGCACUAUUUAUCGAAAUAAAUUAGAAGAAAUUCGUCGUCGUAGUCGUGAUGCAAAUUUAACAAUAAAUAGGAAAGAAGUUGAUAUCAUGAUUGAUGAAUUUUUGAUCAUCUCUGAACGCAUACGUCAUGCAUUUUAUAAAUGGAAACCUUGCAAACAGCUGGCAAACCAGUAG